CGAAAAAUUUCGAUAUUUCUUUUUUUCUCUUCUUAUAUAAAACAGAUAAGAAUUCGUCGUUACUCGACAUCGUUUAAAAAUUCAACACGAGUUUAACUUUGUGCCGAAAUGAUAUUUUUCUAAACGAGAAGAAACGAGAUAAUUACUUAUAAUAAUAAAUCAUCGAUGAUACUCGACAUCCCGUUCCUCGCUAGAUAUUCUGACCCAGAUACAAACAUCAAAUCGAACAGUCGUCUAACCGUCUGUCUCUGAUAAUCAUCUUUGUCUUUCAAAGGGAGAGCGAGUUUUAUUUAUAAAGUCUAUCAAUUAGACUCGUCCUCGAAAGGCAUUAAAGUCGAUAAGCUACUCGUCCACUUCGCUAUUCUCACGACACAAACUCGUUCUGCGCAUCGACACAAUCGAAACCUGUUAUUUUUUUAAAAGAGAAUAUCUCCUCGUAGCGUUGAAAUUUCACGCUGAACGACUUUUGCGCGUUCCUUUCGAGAAAGAAGAAGACCGAUGAGAACGUUGGAUUUUGCCAACGAUCGUCUCGUUCGCACCACAGUAUUAUCGUUGCGUUCAGCGUACCACGCUUUCCUGCUCGGCCGUUAAAACGGAACAUUGGAUCACGAUGACUACUAUGGGUGUUACGGUAUUCUGUAACAGAGUACAAAUAAACGGGAACGAUCAAGAGCAAUUGAUGUUAUUGCGAACUCUGCAGGACAACGAGAGCAAUAUAAUCGGGAAUCAAUCACAUCUGAUAGUGCCGAAGAAUAAUAACAACAACGCGAACACGAAUUCGGCGACCGUGCUGCCACCUUACGACCCAUCCAGAUUGAAAAAACACGGGAAAAACGGGCAACCGCCGCCUGUUGCCGUCGCUCGAAGGAACGCGCGCGAACGGAAUCGAGUGAAACAGGUGAACAAUGGAUUCGCCACAUUGAGACAACACAUUCCGAGCCACAUCGCCGCAGGAUACGGAGACAGGGGCAAGAAAUUGUCGAAAGUAGAAACUUUACGAAUGGCCGUGGAGUACAUUAGGGGACUUCAAAAGUUGCUCGCCGAGGCUGACGGUGUCGAAUACGAUUCGAACUCGAUUGCCGCGACACAGUGUGUCCCAUCGCCCACCAGUAGCGUCGUUUCAUCCAGUCACAACGGUUCUGGGGAGAGGCUCGCCCUCGAGGAUGACGUCCUCGCCGCCGAGGACGAGGACGGUGAACAAUUGGAGGAGGAUGAGGAAGCUGGGAAACGAAAAAACACGUGUUCCAAAUUAUCACCGAAUCGAACCACCGCAGUUCCAUCGCCCCACGAUUACUACGCGUCCUCGAUAGGCGACGAGGAGAAUCUGGAGCCGAGGACGACACUUUCGUCCAACGCGCAAAAUUUCUCCCGGCUCUCCCCUAAUUCGGUAGCAUCUCCACCGUCCGAAUAUUACGGGCAAAAUGAAGAGAAUCUCGAGCCCCAAAUUUUGUCGCCGUACAGCGGCGGCGGGGACAGCGAAGAGGGCGCAGCCACCGUUUACGCGGCAAGCCCGGAAACCUUUUCUGGGGCUCUGUAUUAUAAGCAGGAGAUCACCGAAUCCGGUGAAUUCAUGGACGUCGUCAGCUGGUGGGAACAAGAGCAGGGCAGGCUAGUACAUCAGCAGCACACGCAACGGCUCACGCACGUCUAAUAAAAAGAUUCGUCGUGGAAACUCGGAUACCACGAUUCGUCCUCGGUGAUCUCGUGGAACGAAGAAUUGUUUCGGGAUGAAGUUUCUCAAGUGGCAGUUUGAGGUUAACGGACAAUCAGUACUUACCGCGUAAAGUACUUUCACAGAAGAUGGCACUGCCUUCGGUUUUUUACACUUGCUCCAUGGAUACUAUAGGAUGUAAUGAAUAGGAUUGCAAAAUAUUUUUCAAUUGUGCCUUAAAAGUGGCCUUCUUACAAAGAAGCAUAAAUACGUCUAGCAUUUUUUUUAAACUAGUGUGAGCAUAAAAUUAAAAAUUAUAUACACGCGAAACUGUUUUCAAUUAAAUAUC